AUCUUUUAAAAUUAACUUUCUGUACACACACACUAUCACAUUCAUCUCUGUCUGUCUAUUCAUUUUCAUCCCUUUUCUAUCUACGACCGAUAGUUGGUGUUGAUUUCUCACGUUAGUCAACUCAGCGAUGAAAUUCGCGUGAUCAUCUCUAUUAAGAUUUACAACAUCCCUUGAUACACAUAAAUUCAACAAGGAUAAUAUCAUUUUUGAUUUGACGCCUCAUCUGUUUCACACUAACUGCGUGUUGUGUUGUAAUGAUGAAGUGUGAUACACAAAUGAACUGUGUGAUAAAAACGGCAAUAAUAAUAAUAAUAAUCCUACCGAGAUCAGUUAUUUAAACCGGAUAUUUUUACCAUUCAGGUAGAAUUUUCAAUCUAUUUGACAAUGGCUACAUCCGAGUUAAUGGAAUCUGCUAAAUUAAACGUUCAAGAAAUUAAUUUUAGUGAUAAACUACUACCAGAUGAGCAAGCAUUAAAACGAUUUAUUUCUAAUUAUUUGCCAUUUUCUCUAAUGAACAUAAACAGUCCUAAUACAUUUCAUUCGCAAAGUGACAUGUCCACCAUAAAUUGUGAUCAUUUGAUGAUGACGACGACGGCAGCAACAACGAUCGUAUCAUCAACAAGUAGUAAUAUUGCAAUAACAUCGACAACUAAUACAGAAGCAAAGUUGAAAGGUUCCGUUUUAUUAACUAAUGAUUCAUUUCCGUUUACUUCUAAGUCAAAUCUUCCAGAAUUUAAAAAUGUGACACAUAAUGGAGAUGAACUGCAAUCACCUUCCACAGAUCCUUAUACAAAUUUAUGUAAAAACAAUGAUAAGAAAACUUUAUUAAAUUCCUACCCAACAUCAGAUUGGAUGUUAAAUCCACAAAAAUUAUUCUCCACAUUAAUGAUGGCAAGAGUUGGUAUGCAAAUGGGAACAAAUUGUGAUGGGUAUCGUGUACUGCCGAAACCUUCUGUAUUUGGAAUUCCAGAUAAGUUAUCAACAGAAAGUAUGCUGAAUAAUGAAUAUAACAAUGUUUCCAAUCACAAAGAUAUGAAGUCGUUUGUACCACUAUCUAGCACACUUCCAGUCAAAGUAAAUGUUUCAAAUACUGCUAGUAUUACAAUGAAUAACAUGAGAAUGACGUCACCUACCAAAGUGAACGCUUCAAUUAGUGAAACACAUCAGUCGCCUUAUGCUACAAGCACACCAAAUAAACUCAUAAAACAUAAACAAGAUGCAGUUUCUAAACAUUCCCCUAAGGAGACUACAGAUGAACAAGAUAAGCAUACUGGCUCUUUACCAUUUUCACCUCAAGAAAUUAUACGAGUUUGUCAGACAUUUGAAGAAGCGGGUGAUAUUGAACACCUUAGCCGAUUUUUAUGGUCAUUACCACUGAAUCCCAAUUUAUGGGAAGUCUUAAAUAAAAGUGAAGUGAUUUUAAGAGCAAGAGCAUUGGCAGCAUUUCAUACAAGAAAUUUUAGAGAAUUAUACGCAAUUUUAGAAAGACAUACAUUUCCUAAGUCUUCUCAUGUCAAAUUACAAGCCUUAUGGCUCGAAGCGCAUUAUCAAGAAGCAGAAAACCUCCGUGGCCGUCCACUAGGACCAGUUGACAAGUAUAGAGUAAGGAAGAAAUUCCCUAUGCCUAGAACGAUUUGGGAUGGGGAGCAAAAAACUCAUUGUUUCAAAGAGCGUACAAGAGGUUUACUACGUGAAUGGUAUCUUCAAGAUCCUUAUCCAAGUCCGGCAAAAAAACGUGAACUGGCUAAUGCAACUGGUUUAACUGCAACACAGGUUGGAAAUUGGUUUAAGAAUCGACGACAACGUGAUCGCGCAGCGGCGGCCAAAAAUCAGCAGUUGGAGAAUUCUGAUAGUGAUGCAGAACCCGACAAUGAAAUAAGUUCAGAUGAUACUGAUCGUAAAGAUAACGAGGAUGAAAGAACACAAAGAAGGCGAAGGCAUAAUUCACACUCAGAUUCUUCAAGAUUUCAAUCUAAUUUCAAUGUUGAUAGAUUCUGUAUGCCAAUAACCGACAAUAAGAUGACGAAAGAUAAAUCCGAAAAUUAUGAAAGAGAUGAAUAUGACAGUGGAAUAAAAUGCAACAAAAUUCACCAUAAUUCAUCACCACAUGAGGCUGAAAGUGAUGUUUGGUCACCAGGAUCAGAAAAUGAUAGUUUUUUGAAUAUCAGAAAGGAUCAACCUUGCGAAGCAAAUAAUGAAUACGAUAAUCAGUCGCAUUUCCAUGCAAGACUGCAUGAAACUUACAUGAAUCCUAAAAGACACUGCUUACAUCCCGGUUUAACUGGAUUGAACAGCACAAUAAAUCAGCUAUCAAAUUUUAUGCCGAAAUUAUCCAGUGAUAAGGUUAAUGAAACUAAAGUUAAUUCACCGCCAAGAAAUAAAAUGUUCAAUUUACCAUUUGAUAUAUUUGGUUUGGGCCAAAAUAUGAAACAAAAAUUUCCUACUGUAGUGUCACAGCAAUCAGAAUUCCCAUCUAAUUUUGUAACUCAUGAACUGAAACCUUCAGACGCUGUAAAUUAUAAUGCAGAUAUACCAGUCCCACGAUUUCAGAAUACUACUACUCUAUUGAAUCAAUCCCAGUAUCCGACUCCCACCAAUCAUGAUAAUAUGAAUAUUAGUAGUGGUUUGAAAGACUGUAAUCCAAACUUUAUAAAUGUCACUUCUACAAAGGUAAAUACCAACGAUGAAAUAUUUAAUGGCAUGAUAAAGCAGUCUAGUUUGAUGGAUCACAGCAAAAUUCUUCGUAACAUGUAUACUCCUGAGAGUUUAUUUCCGCCAAUAUUUCCACCAUUUCCUCCAUUAUUAUCAAAUUAUAUAAAACCAUCUGAAUUACCUCCAUUAUUCAGACCAGUGAGAACUGAUACAUUGUUAAAUACACCACUGUGUGUUCCACCGUUACUUACACAUUCAAAUGUGUCAUCAAAUAAACCACUUGAUUUUAAACAGCAGUACUCUGAUACGGAUAUAAUUAAUCAUUCAAAUCAGCGAAUAACUGAAGACAGUGUACUCCCAGAGAAUUUGUCUUCCCAAUCUAUGAAUAGUCAUAAUAUCAUUAGUAGUAAUAGCGGCUAUAGUGUGAAUAGUAAUUCACUGUCAACUCCACCACUUUCAACAUCAUCUUCACCGUCAGUUUUCAUUUGGCAAAAAAUGUUUGAAUGGUAUUCAACUCAAAUGCAACACCAACAACAGAAACAGUGGUACCAACAGCUGCAGCAAGAAGAAAGUCUACAAAAAGAUUUAAUGCAACACUUACCUCACAUUAAGAAUGAAACCUAUCACAAGCUAUCCAAUUGUUCAAUUGCCCACAUACACAGUAUGAUCAGUCAACUCAGCGAACAAAGUAUAAACACGAAGAAGCAUGAUGAUGACGACAUCGAAAGCGAUACGAAGCUAAUUCAGUCAAACAGUAAUAAAAAGUUGUCUGCAGAAAGGGAAGAGAUGUUAGAUCAUUCAAUGGAUCUCAAGACAUGUUUGAAACAUGGGGAAACAACAAACGAAAAAGUAGAUGCGAAGAAAUCUGUAAACAGUCCACAAAUUAGCAUAUGUGAAGACAAAGUGGAAGAGAAUCCUUGUAGUAUUUCCAAUUCUGGUUAUUGUGCACGUUCAACAGAACAACUUCAGAUGUCUUGCAGUAGUUCUGAUGAAUCAUCAUUAGAAGUUUAAACCCUAAAUAUUAAGAAUACACGAACGUUUAGAUCACAAAUUAAAUUGUCAGCUGUUGAUUAAACUUCAGUUUAAGAAAAUGCUGAUACUUUCAGAGAGUUCGGGAUACAUUUUCUCAUUUCCAACACACUUUCAACCAUACACUAUAAAUAGUAACACUGAUGGUUAUGAUUGUAACUAAUCAUGUUUAAAUCAGCGCCUUCAACAUUCCUAAUCCAUCUUUUUAUUGUAGUUAAUAUUCAGUUCAUUUAAAUAGCACCCAGAAUUGUUUUGAACUUGUACACUUUUCUUGCUUCCUCAACAGUUGUUGUGGUUAUCACCGAUUUCUCUUUUGUAUGUUUUUAAAAUAUGGUACACAAGAGGUGAUGUGAAAAACAGUUUCCCUAAGUGCAUAGGAAUGAGCAGAAUAAAUGGAAAUGAACGCUAGAUUCAAAUAUCAACGUUUGCAUUUAUGCGUUUAGGUAUUUUGUUUGUAUAUACCAAAUAUUUUCAGCAUUUAAGAUAAAUAUAUGUGGUUUUAUUUC